UUGUGUAGCUUUGGAGCAGCCAUGGCCAUGCUGAGAGUGUCCUCGUAUCGCAAAUUGUUUGAAGAGGAGUACCAGAGGACAGCCAUAUGGCCCAGCCAGCGCUGUGGAACCCAAACCCUCUCUUCAUCUGCCAGGGGUGGAGUUUCCAUGAUCGACUGGCCUGACCUGGAUUUCUGUGCAGCUCGGGUGUUAAACAGAGAGGUUCUGAUGCGUUUUUCCCAGGAGCGCUCAUUAAUCGCCGCUCUCAAUGAUCGCUUGGCAGUCCUUAUCAACAUGGUGCGAUGUCUGGAAGAAGAAAAUGAGUCUUUGGAGGCUCAGAUUAUUGAAAUGGAAGAGAGAUUGGCAUCCAGACCAGGCCCCUCCAGCUCUAUCAGUCUUGACUGCCCUACAGAAUCCAGCCUGGAGGCUGCAAUUGAGAGACUGCACAAAGAAAAGGAUGAGAUUUUGUGCCGCACAGAGGAGCUGACGAAAGACCUGCAUCAUAUAAAAAUAAAGUAUGACGAGGCUGUGGAGCAACGGACUCUCCUCCAACUGGAGCACAAGGAUGUUGCAGUGGAGGUGGAUACAGUGACCGCUGACUGCUUGGCACUCAGAGAACAAGUGGCAAUCUAUGAGGAGCAGUUAGCUGCCAUGGAGAACCAGCAUGAGUUGAGGAUUGAGAGUCUGUGUGAGCCUACUGCUGACGAUCAGGAUGCUCCAACCGUGUCUCUGCAAUUCCCCUCCAUCGACCUCACUCCAGCCAUCACGGUUGUCAAGGACCACUAUCACCAGCUGGCUGAAAGCCUACAGUUUAAGUUUGCUGCAAUUGCCAGAGGAGAAAAGAAGAGGAGGAACUUGGAAAAACCUUCUGGAAGGAAAGUUAAGGAUAAUUCUGAGGUGAUAGCCAUGAAUGGUCUGAAAGAACUGAUUGCUAAGCUGCGAAAGGAGCUUGCUGAGAUGGAAGCAUGUGGCGAAGAACUGGAGGCAAAGAUUGAAGCGAAAAAAGAGGCUCAUCUGCUGCAGAUAGAGGAGCUGGAAGCCUGCAUCUGCCAGCUGGAGAAAGAGGAGGCUGACUUACAAGCACAGAUGAAUGAACAGAUGGAAGACUACAAGGAGCUGCUCAGUGAAAAAAUGGCACUGGACAUCGAAAUUGAAGCCUACAGGUCUUUGGUAGAGGUCGAGGAGGACAGACUGUGCUACCUGUGAGACAGAGAGCCACAGACCCACACAAUAUCAUGUGUAAUGCUGCUGUAUUAAUACACAUUUGCAACAAGAUGCACAUCUAAAGGUGUCAGUAUCUUGUAUCUACAGUGAUUGUCUGUCUUAUCAAGUAAACAUACAGCAUAAAUGUAUUUUAAAGGAUAAAGCAGUGUCCUGACUGGUACUGUCUGUUUUGCAUGUUGCAGGAAGGCUAUAUUUUUUAUUUGUAUUGUCUUCCCCAAAAUAACCAUAUUAAUUACCAAUUUCUAAAUCUUUACACUUCAGAUAAGUACAAAUUUUCUGAAAUUAAGAAAUAGGUAUUUAUAUAGAUUCCAAAUGCCUAAUAAUAAAUUAUAACAGAAAUUAUACAUUUAUAAUAAUAUACUAAUAAAAAUGUAAUUAUACUAUUACUUCAUCAGGCAAAAUUUACUAAAUGUUUGUAUGAAGACUGUGUUAACCUUCUGCUGUAAUAGCUGCACAUAAAUUAAUAAAGAC